AUGCAACUCUCACUACCAUUUCUGUUACCUAUUGUGUUGCUGGCACAAGUGAUAACUGCCCAGAAUGCUGGUCUCAACAGUCUACCCGUCAUCUGUGCCGGUGUCAAAGAAGUGUCAACAUGCAAGAUCAAAGUCAUCGUGCCGAAUGGUAUCAAGGUCAAUAUGAGGACUAUCAAGGUCCCUACGUGGAACAAAUGCAAAAGUCGCGUAUCGGCGACACGGAGCUGCCCGACCCUAAAAAAGCCUCUCAGGCGAUGUAAAGUAUGGACUUGCAUUCCCGGCUGGGAGAAGAAAUCGAAACAAAUUCCUUCCAGUUUAACCAUUCUCACCAAGGAGGUUGACCUCUGCGAUGAGAUUCGUAGGACUCUCGGCAGGAGUCUGGGAGACACUUUCAUCAAAUCAUCAGAGGCCAUCUGCGGCUGCUUCACUCGCUUGCAAAACUUUGCAACGGCGGGCUCCUUCACGGCGAUGUCAAUUCGUGGUGAGAUAAACAUAGCUACCACGAAGGUCGCGGAUGACACCCUUAGUAUCGAAAAGUGUUUUGGAAAGGUUAGUCUACCAAUUCUCAACAACAAAGUCGAUAUUGCAAAUGUUAUCAAAUCGAUGGCUCCGUGGGUCAUCGCCCAAGCCAAGGAUAUUGACCUUUCAGUCUUUCAAUCUCUAGCCCGCGUAGUUGCUGCGUGCCUAGCCGGUAACUGUAACGCAAACUCCAUCAGCGCUGCGGUCAACGGUUAUCUUACCCCCUCAUUCCAAAUGAUGGAGCCCCCAAUCAAGUCAGUACUUGUUCAGUGGGAUGGUGCCCUAAGUCGCAUCCAAGAAAGUGUUAAGGACAUUAACGAAGCGGCGGACUUUCUGGCAUCCAACUACGAUACCAUGCGAUCUGAGUUCGAUUCAAGCAAGCAAAAGAUCUGCGAGGAGUUAAAUCGGUGUGAUGGACAGGGAGUUCUAAAAUUCCUCGACCGGGUUGAUGAGGUUAUUGAAGUUGCCAACACACUCUGGCCAGUCCGAGGCCCCCUCGACGUUCCAUCUAACCGGCUCGGCGACAGGCUGGCUGAUACAAUUCAACUUCGAAAAGACAUAAAAAAGUAUCCGGAGGCGGCAAGUCUAGUCUCCAUGAUCAAGCAGGGCAAGUUUAAAAAGAUCAGCGACAUCUUCCUAUUCAUGCCUAUCGUGCAGCGUGUGCCGGCGCUAGCCAAACAGAUCAAGACGGACCUUUCACCACUUCAAGAUGUCAUCAAACAAUACAAGCAGCCAUCCGGAGACGCCCAUGAGAACGUAUGGUCGCUCAGCUGGUCCAACGUUAUCUGGCCAGAUACGGAAUUAACCUCCGACUCACCUGAAGCUGAUGCCGCAUUGAUCGCUGAACUUGAUGCAGUCGACGAACUAGUCAGAAAUUACCUUUCAAGCCCUCUUCUUUCAUACAGCAAUGGCAUGUUCAUGAUGGACGCUGAGCUUAGGGGCUUCUCGGUAGUCAAUGGAUCGUUUGCCAUGGAGACCAAGGUGGUUACGUAUAACCGAUGGACGACAAUAUCUAUGGACAUGCCAUGCUCCAAAAAGGAGACCAAGGUGUACAAGAAGAGUGGGCUUCAAAAGUCCUUUUCGUGGAGGACGUAUUUCAAGUGCAAAGUGGCUCCCGUGACGGCAUAUUUCCCCAAGACUCAUGUGCCUUAUAUCAGGAUUCGAGGUGGGGCAGGAAUAGAUCCCAGCGAGCUAUAG